AAACACAAAAUCCCUCCAAUAAUUUGUCUACUCCUUGCUCGGGAAGCUUUGUAAAAUUCUACAAAUUUCUAGGGUUCAUAUAAGUUUUUUUCGUGUUAAUUUACUUGCUUCUUCCAUGAAAAAAUUGUUCAAGAAAUGACUGAAGAUAUGUUAUACGAAGACAGCUCCAAGAUUUUCGUUGAUGUUCGUUUUGUUCUAAUUGGAUUCGACCCCCUUAGGAAGGAACAGAUUCGGUCCAAGCUCGUGGAAGGUGGUGGAGUUGAUGCAGGCAAAUAUGGACCAGAUUGCACCCAUCUUAUUGUUGAUAGUAUUAUCUACGAUGACCCCAUAUGUGUUUCUGCUCGACGGGUUGGAAAAAUAGUUGUUACCAGCUUGUGGGUUGCACACAGUUUUGAUUUAGGAAUGCCUGUCGAUCACCAUUCUGUCAUGUACAGACCUCCAAGAAAUUUGAAUGGAAUUCCAGGUGCUAAAUCACUGAUAGUCUGCUUAACUGGGUAUCAACGGCAAGAUCGAGAUGAUAUUAUGACAAUGGUGGGACUGAUGGGUGCAAACUUUUCAAAGCCGUUGGUGGCAAACAAAGUCACUCAUCUCAUAUGCUACAAAUUUGAGGGGGAGAAAUAUGAACUUGCCAAGAAAAUGAAGACGAUUAAGCUUGUUAAUCAUCAGUGGUUGGAGGAUUGUUUGAAGUCUUGGGAAAUCCUUUCAGAAGCAGAGUAUGCUAAGAGUGGGUAUGAGUUGGACAUGAUGGAAGCUGAAGCCAAAGAUUCUGAAGAUGAAAAUGAGGGCAUUGCUGCAAACAGGUCUGCAGAAACAAUAGCUAUCAUGGGUCCUGAAUAUCCAAAAAGUCCUAAUCAAUUCCUUGUGAAGCAGGAAGCCUCUACAAACAUUUCAGACUUAAACAUAUUUAGAGGCUUGUCAGGUCUUGGGAACACAAAAGAGCUGUCAUUAUCUGCUUCAAAGCAGUCAAAAUCUGACCAGGUUCCAGCCUUUGAAGAAUCUCCCAAUAGGCAUGAUGAAAUGCUUAAUUCCAACUUCUGUCGAACAAAAGAAGAGCCACCAUCUAGCAUGCAACAAAAUGGAAGUGAUUUGGUUUCUGUUUCAAAUAGUGCCAGGAAGUCUCCUCAUUCUUGUUCGUCCAGAGAAUUCCCAAGGAAAUUCAGUUCUCCAAUGACCUCUGAACAUAUGAAGAGUUAUUCAGGAAGUCCUGCUGCUACUGAAGCAGGUAUAGGGUAUGAUUGCUUUAACCUGUCCUCUCAGAGAGGACUAGAAAAAAGUGAGUUAGGUGUAAAAACUCCAAAGAAUUUGUCGUUUUCUGGGAAGGGUCAAAGCAGUAGACUGCCUGAGAAAAGGAAUAUGGGGAUUUCAGACAGUAGCUUCAAGUCACCAAGGACUGGUAAUAAUCCAGAAAGCAUACCAGAUGGUUAUUUGACGGCAAAUCGUUCUGAAGAGUUAAUAAAUUCGUCAAAGUUACAUAGUCUAAGCCACGGAGGCAGUCAUCUAUUGUCUACGAACCCUGCCCCUCACUUGGACAAGGGUGUAACUUUGGAAACCAUGCAGCAUUAUGAUUCAACCAUUUCCAAUCCUGCGACACUAAGCACUGGGCAAGGGCAUGAUGAGGAUGCACCUCAAAGCAGCACUUGUAUGAUGAUGGGGUCGAAAGGGACUAGUCAUGCUACUGUUGAUGUUAGUGGGCCACUGGAUGAACGGCAUGAUGUCCCAUCUCCAGUUAAUGAAAGAAGAGAUACCCUGAAGUCUAAUGUGCUGUCUGAGUUCAAUAAAGCUGGAGAUGAUUCCAUGUCAGGGUCUAAGACAUUGAAGAAAAGAUCACUUUCCAAGAAGACACUCGGAUCUAGACAAAGUCUCGGUAAAGGGGAUGGCAGAAAUCAGAAAGGUUCUUUACUCAUUAACAAGACUGUUCUGACGAAUGAUUCAGCUGCGUCCAGUAGCGGAGGGAGAGAGGAGACAGAGCACCAAAAUAUCUUAAGCUCUACAAAGGGUGAGGUUCUGCCUGCAGAUAAUGCUGAUUCGAGCAAGGAGAUCGAGAGAAAUAAUUUUUUGAAUUCUGAAAAAGAAUCUGCCAAAACAAAUGAAUCCCUAAAUGAUGAUACUGAGGCUCCAGAGGACCAAGAAGAUGAAGAAUUAAAUGUUCUAAGAGAGAAGUCUACUGGUACUGAAGCACAACAUUCAGGGCUUCAAUCAGCGGAGAAGAAAAUAAAUGCAAACAAGAUGGUACAUAAGAAUGACAGGAAGGAUAUUGCAAAGAGUCUUAGUACUGAAAGCAAUGAAUUUGAAACUCAAAAGACUUCUUCUGGCAAGGAGACCAAGUUAAGUCAGUCAACUUCUGUGGGGAAAGCUUCAGAGGAGAAAGUUCCCGAAGGUCCAAAAUGUCUGAAGAAGAAUAGCAAGAAAACUAAUCUAGCUACUAAAAGAGCUGCUGCUUCUGUAGAAGGCGCUCUUAGUACUGAAAGCAAUGAAUUUGAAACUCAAAAGACUUCUUCUGGCAAGGAGACCAAGUUAAGUCAGUCAACUUCUGUGGGGAAAGCUUCAGAGGAGAAAGUUCCCGAAGGUCCAAAAUGUCUGAAGAAGAAUAGCAAGAAAACUAAUCUAGCUACUAAAAGAGCUGCUGCUUCUGUAGAAGGCGCUCUUAGUACUGAAAGCAAUGAAUUUGAAACUCAAAAGACUUCUGGCAAGGAGACCAAGUUAAGUAAGUCAACUUCUGUGGGGAAAGCUUCAGAGGAGAAAGUUCCCGAAGGUCCAAAAUGUCUGAAGAAGAAUAGCAAGAAAACUAAUCUAGCUACUAAAAGAGCUGCUGCUUCUGUAGAAGGCGCUCUUAGUACUGAAAGCAAUGAAUUUGAAACUCAAAAGACGUCUGGCAAGGAGACCAAGUUAAGUAAGUCAACUUCUGUGGGGAAAGCUUCAGAGGAGAAAGUUCCCGAAGGUCCAAAAUGUCUGAAGAAGAAUAGCAAGAAAACUAAUCUAGCUACUAAAAGAGCUGCUGCUUCUGUAGAAGGCGCUCUUAGUACUGAAAGCAAUGAAUUUGAAACUCAAAAGACUUCUUCUGGCAAGGAGACCAAGUUAAGUCAGUCAACUUCUGUGGGGAAAGCUUCAGAGGAGAAAGUUCCCGAAGGUCCAAAAUGUCUGAAGAAGAAUAGCAAGAAAACUAAUCUAGCUACUAAAAGAGCUGCUGCUUCUGUAGAAGGCACAGAAAGGAAGAAGUGCAGAACUGAUAGAAACAAGGUAGAAGCAAAGAAAGGAAAAGGGUUUCCAUCUGAAACUGGAAAAGCCACAGUAAUUUCGACUGAGAAUCAAUUGAAGAGCUCCAUGGAUGUGGAGAAGGAGAAUAUGUCUGUUAUUGGACUCCAGAAUGCGGGUGAUAAUGAACAUGAAGCUGACAGAAGUUCUCCUUCUGAUAAAAAGUCUCGUUCGUUGAAGGUUACAGAAGUACAAAGUGAGCCUAGGUGGUUUAUAGUUAGUGGACAUCGGCUACAAAGGAAGGAGUUUCAGCAGGUUAUCAAGCGAUUGAAAGGGAAAGUGUGCAGAGAUUCUCACCAUUGGUCAUAUCAGGCAACCCAUUUCAUUGUUCCUGCUCCAGUACGAAGAACAGAGAAGUUUUUUGCUGCUGCAUCCUCUGGAAGGUGGAUUUUGAAGACAGAUUAUUUAACUGCUUGUGUUGAGGCUGGAAAAUUAUUAGAUGAGGAGCCAUAUGAAUGGCACAAAAAGGGAUUGACUGAAGACUUAGCAAUCAACUUAGAGGCCCCAAGAAAGUGGCGACUUCUGAGGGAGAGGACUGGACAUGGCGCAUUAUAUGGAAUGAGGAUAAUCAUUUAUGGAGACUGCAUUGUACCACCAUUGGAUACAUUGAAGUGUGCAGUCAAGGCAGGGGAUGGCAUUAUAUUAGCAACUUCUCCUCCUUAUAGUCGAUUCCUUGAGUCAGGUGUUGACUUUGCCAUUGUUAGUGAGGUCAUGCCACGCUGUGACAAGUGGGUUCAAGAAUUCUUAAGGCAUGAGAUACCUUGUGUGUUGCCUGAUUACUUGGUGACUUAUGUGUGCAAACCUGGUUAUACCCUCAACAAUUAUGUGCAAUACAACACUCAUUCCUGGGCAGAAAGAUCACUGAAAAAACAUAUCAAUCGUUUGGAAGAGAUUGUUGAGGAGAUGGAGCCAUCAGAUGACAGUAGUAAUGAUAUAGCAUGCCAGGUGUGUGGGUCGCCUGACAGGGGGGAAGUAAUGCUGAUCUGUGGUGACGAAAGUGGCUCUCUUGGAUGUGGCAUUGGCAUGCAUGUAGAUUGCUGUGAUCCUCCCCUUGAAUGUGUACCCGAGGAAGACUGGUUUUGCCCAGAGUGUAGCAAGAACAUAAGUAAUACAAGUACCAAAAGGAAGUCCAAAAAAGGGACCUCUAAUUCAAAGAAGAAGAAGAAGUGAUAAUCUGUCUGUUGGCUAGGGUCUGUAUAAUAGCUUCACUCAAGUUAGAUUAGUAAAAGUGUACAAAAAUAAUUAUUCACAUUGCAGCAUCUUGCUGCUUUUCUUGAAGAAGUUGAUUUUCAAUGUUGUGUAAAAUCAUCUCUUGAAGUUUUCCCCAAUAUCUAAUUCAGGCUGAGCCCUGGAUCACCAUUGCCUAGUUUAGAUGAAACUUUUAUUUCACCCCUUCAUGCCUUCCGUCUGUAACUGUUGUAUUUGAGCAAACUCUAUAUGACACCUGUGAUUUUUCA